UAUCUCACAUGCGCCGGAGUUCGUGAGCAGCCAAAUACCAACAGCGCUCGCGCUCAAGUGCGGUUUGCGCGCGGUGGAGCGGAAUGCGGAAAACGAAGUGUAUCCGUGUCGGUGUAAUGAACAGCGUAAUAAAGCACACUUUUUGUGAAUAGCUUAUUCAAAAGUCAAUACAACGGCUCAACAUACAGCUUACUAAUAGGGUUCAACUAAGAAAAUAAAAUGCACAGUAAGCAGAAAGCGUGGACGUUGGGUAUAAAAACGUAAGCAUGAAUGCAAAAUAGGGUUGGUCAAAAAUGUUGCUGUGUAAGAAACAGCCCUUUGUUUUUAGUGUUGUGCAAUGAGCGUGAAGCAUUCACUAAUUUCAACUGGAAGCGCGGGAAUAAAUUUCGUUUAAAGCGCCGAAAUAAACGAGCAAUAUCAGGUGGUAGAUUGACAAGGAAAUAAGUAAAAUACGUUGUAACGCAUUUAAGACAACUGUACUAUACAUUUCAAUAUAAAUGCAUUCAAUAUGACAAAAGACUUCCCGAGAUUACAUUUUGUAGUAUUCGGCAAUUUUAUCCUGGAUGACUAGGACAGUAACAAGCUCUGUCCACUAGAGGCGCUGUGACGUUCACACAUUUCCGGGUACUUUCCAAAACAUCCGGUAUCUGUUUUACAGUGGAAUACAUGGAGUUUUCGGCAUGUACAUUCGUCUGUAACAUAUUUCUUUAUAUCCUGUGAUCCACUGUAGUCAAAAUAUCCUCGUGGCCAGAUCAGACUGCUUUAGGUGGAGACGAGUUUCAUCUAACUAACUUCUGUCGGUGUCCUCCUGCUGUGGUCAUGAGUGACGGUCAUCCUCUGCGGCCUGUGAGCUCUGCAGCUGAGAUCGACCACCUGCACCUGCUGUCAGAGCAGCUGGGUGCUUUAGUUCCUGGUGAAGAGUACAGCGAUGUCACCUUCAUAGUGGAAGAGAAGCGCUUUCCCGCACACAGAGUCAUUCUAGCGGCCCGCUGCCAGUAUUUUAGAGCUUUGCUAUAUGGGGGGCUGAAAGAGUCCAUGCCCCAGGCUGAGGUUCGGUUAGAGGAAACACAUCCUGAGGCUUUUUCCAUGUUGUUGCGGUACCUGUACACGGGCCGAGCCACCUUGAGCGAAGCCAGAGAAGAGACUCUGCUGGAUUUUCUGGGACUGGCGCAUCGCUAUGAUCUUCAACCACUAGAGGCCUCCAUCUGCGAGUUCCUCCGCACUUUAUUGAGCACGCGAAAUGUGUGUCUGGUUUUCGAUGUGGCUAGUCUUUAUUGUCUGAGCGGGCUGACUGAGGCCUGCUGUGCUUUUAUGGAUCGACACGCCAAUGAUGUGCUCAAGUCGGAUGGAUUUCUUACUCUUUCAAAGUCUGCCCUGUUGACCAUGGUGAGAAGAGAUUCUUUUGCCGCGAGCGAGAGAGAAAUCUUCCAGGCCCUCAGCCGCUGGUGUCACCAGAACGGCGAGGGUCCUGACGCAAAGGAAGUGAUGUCAGCAGUGCGGCUGCCCCUGAUGACCCUCUCUGAAAUGCUGAAUGUGGUCCGUCCAACUGGACUCCUCAGCCCAGACGACCUGCUGGAUGCCAUACAGACCCGCUCGGAGAGCAGAGACAUGGAUCUCAACUACCGCGGCAUGCUCAUUCCAGAAGAAAACAUCGCCACUAUGAAGCACGGUGCUGUGGUGGUAAAAGGCGAGCUAAAGUCUGCUCUACUGGAUGGAGACACACAGAACUAUGAUCUGGACCACGGCUUCUCAAGGCACCCUAUUGAAGAGGAGGGACGAGCCGCAGGCAUCCAGGUCCGCUUGGGACAACCCUCCAUCAUCAACCACAUACGGCUACUGCUGUGGGACAAGGACAGCAGGUCAUACUCGUACUAUAUUGAGGUGUCGAUGGAUGAACUAGACUGGGUUCGUGUUGUGGAUCAUUCCAAGUUUCUGUGUCGCUCCUGGCAACACCUCUAUUUCCCAGCACGGGUCUGCAGGUUUAUCCGUGUGGUGGGCACACAUAACACUGUCAACAAAGUCUUUCACUUGGUGGCUCUGGAAUGCAUAUACACACAGCAGUCUUUCACCCUGGAGAAAGGCCUGCUGGUUCCCACAGAGAACGUGGCGACCGUACAGGCGUGUGCAAGUGUGAUAGAGGGCGUGAGUCGCAGCAGAAACACGCUGCUGAACGGAGACACUAGCCAUUACGACUGGGACUCGGGGUACACCUGCCACCAGCUGGGCUCUGGAGCCAUCGUCAUCCAGCUGGCACAACCAUACAUGCUGGGCUCAAUGCGAUUGCUGUUGUGGGAUUGUGAUGAUAGAAGCUACAGCUAUUAUGUGGAGCUUUCUACAAAUCAGCAGCACUGGGUGAAAGUCGUCGACCGUACUAAAGUUGAAUGCAGGGCAUGGCAAACUCUGGUGUUUGACAGACAGCCUGCAUCCUUCAUACGAAUUGUAGGAACUCAUAACACAGCUAAUGAGGUGUUUCAUUGUGUUCACUUUGAUUGCCCAGCACAGCUGGACACAAUUGUCAGAGAGGGAAGUCCUGGACCGGAUAAGCCAAAACCGGAUCAGCCCAAACCGGACUACAGCACGGAGAAUUCUGUUACUCAGAGCCCGAUCAACCAUAAAUCCCCCUCGUCCUCCUCCUCUCACACAUAGACUGUGGAUAAGUGUUCUGUGCUGUUCACUUGCAUAAGUAUGACAAAACACACUUGAAGCGCUCAUCUUAUGAGCUUGUUUUCUUAUGUGCUGCUAACUAAAGAAUUCUGUGUAUUUAUGAAAAAGAUCUAUCGUUAUAUAGUCUAUAUAUAGUAAUAACUUGAUGGUGAGGUAAUUGACUGUCACGCACACCUAUUUUCCUAUGUUCAGAUAGCUGCAAGACCAUAAAAUAAAUUUAAAUAUCACUUAUUCUUUUGCAAUACUGUCUUUUUUGUAAAAAUGUUUUGACUGGUUUUAUUUUGAGAACCAGAACACAGUCCAAAAAUGCCUGUUUUAAAUGUAUUAGUAUUAAAACGACCUGCAUCUGUAUAAACCUGCAUACUAUGCAAAAUGAUUAACCUGAAUGGGAAGAUUUUGUAAAUGGAUGAACAAUAGCAGACGGGUUACUUAUCAACUUUAGCAUUUGCGUGUUUCGUAUUUUGAUCCAAUUUUGUGAUCUCACGGCACAUUAUUUUAAGCACAAGCGGUUUUUAUGUAGCCAUCGACCUAAUUUGGCAGUGCCAGAUUGUUUUUUGUCUACGUACAUCAUAGAUACACAGACUUUUAUGUCCACAAAAAUAUAUAAGCAUUUACUCCUUACUUUUUUUAAAGCUGAAAGGUCUAUUUACUUUGCUUUCCUAAUGACAUUCGAUUACGUGGUUGCGUUCUAGUCAUAUUUUCAGUGUGUCCCACAGUCAAAAUUGAUUUAUUUGCAGGUGAUAGCAAGACAGAUAUUCAAUGGACCAGAUGGAGAGAGUGUGUGCAGAAUAGCCUUUUCAGUUAAAUGAACAUGCCUCCAUCUCUAAGGGGUACAAUAAAUCCUGAGUUUCAAUCAGCCAUAGAAGGUGACUGACACAAUAAUACCACCUUCAUUAAACAACCAGAAACAGACGCGCGCUACAAAACUUCCUCACCGCAAUCACGAGAGCUCCCUGAGGACUGAAAGAAGAGAGACAAGCAGGGAGAGUUUGACGAUGGGGAGGAAAACUGGGACACUGCUGUGCUGAAUUUCAAGGCUGGUUUAUGCUGCUCUGGAUGUUAGGUCAGCAUAGCUGGUUCACAAUCACCCACUGUAACCAUUUUAGACCUUAAACAAAGAAUCUAAAUACCACAGUUUAUGUACUUAUGCAUGUAGGAUAGCAACACAAACAGUCUCAUUACAUUUACGGUGUAAAUACCACAGUUUAUGUACGGUGGCCCACACUCCAGUACAGUAGGUGGCUGAUAUGCACCUCAAACGUAAGUUGCCACCCGCCAUUGAAAAGGAACAGAAGAAGAAUUAUGUCACAUGAUCACGUCAAUAUGCCGUACGACGGCCGCAUUCAGGCAAAACAUUACGUACCCAUUUAGCCUUGUUAAGUAGGUACUUACUGAAAUUUAGUACCUAAUCAUUGAGUAUGCCAUUUCGGAUUCAGUCACAGUGUUUGGGGGAAAAGAGUGAAGUUUUCGCGGGCAGUCCUAGCAAAACGUAGGCGGGGACUAUAUGUAGUGACGUAAAUCCGCGGCGGUUUGCGAAUCGGACUAGGGGCGACUCGUUUGCGUGAUUCUGAGUCGACUCCCUUUUUUCCAAGCCAAUGACUUUGUUAUUCAUUCACCUUCGGAUUUACAACUUGGCAGACUGCUUACUUUCAAACACGGCAACAUUACACAUCGCACGAAAUGUAAUUUUCAUGAUCUCAUGUUAUGUACUCUUUAAGAGAGCCACAUCAUACCACGUCAUCAUUAACGUCAGUUAACUUUUAGAGUCAUUACAUCACCCCGACAGAACAGGGCCAGUCGCACGUAGGUGUAGAGCGCUGACUAGCCAAUAGGAACAGGGGAAUGUCCCGAGAGGCGUGACGAAAAAAAUACACACAAUUAGAGGUUCGAAUCCCACCUCGGCCACAAAUAUCAAAUGAGCUUGUGAUCAUUUUUCUUAUCUCUAUGCACUCAAUGCAUUAAAAAAGUAACAUUGUGCACAAGACUAUAAGUAAUCUUGUAAAAACUACUUGUGUAUGAUGUCCCAAAUGUAAAGGAAAUUUAUUCUGA